GUCGGCGAUCGCGUUCGGUUUCAUAAGUAACUUGUAAAGCGUCACGGCCUCGAUCAUGAGUUCACCGAACGUUGCUGUACAUCUUCACCAGCAACCACAUCAUAACCCUCUGAUGUACGAUGAGCUCAAUGUCGUUUUCACGCACGGUGCAGCUCCGGCGGCUGCGGCUGCACGACGAGGAUUCAGCUUGGACGACGCCUUCUCGGAUACGGACGAUAACGAAGUCUCGUUUGACUUCUCGCCUGCUGCUCUUCGUGAGGAGUUGCACAAGAAUAUAUCUCGCGAAAACGAUUGGGAUAUUGAGCACGAUGCACAGGGUUUCACUGCUAAGAUCGGGUACGCUGUUGACCAUGACCCAGAUGGGUCUGUCUCGACUUUCGAUAUAAAUGCUUCCAUGCACGAUGAACCUAUCUCCCCACCUACCCAACAGCCACCUUCUCCCGACUCUCAGACCCUCUCGUAUCCCUCACAAUCGCAGUCUGGUUCCUUGAAUGACGUACAACUCGCAAGCGAAUUCUCCUCAGUAUCCUUGUCCGAUCAUAAUUCCCCCGCCGAGCGUCAGGACGAGCCGGACGAACCAGAGGAGGAGGAGCAACAGCAUGCAUAUCCCGCUGUUCAAAUAGAGGUGCACGCCGAUGGCCAUGCGGAAACCACCGUACAGGAGAUCCCACCUCCCGAACCCGAGUCUUACACCGUCGAGGUUCCCGAUGCAUUGACACAAGAUGCACCUACCACUGCCACAAUUGCCUCUCAGCUCUAUACGCCUCGCUCGACUACGAGUAAUGUAUCCGAAUCUUCCCUUCCAAUACCCUCGUCAUCGUCCCUUCCUACACCAUCUUCUGCCAAGUCCACUACCUCCGUUGCAUCUACCUCUUCUUCUCGACACCGACCAACGAAAUCGCUAGGUCCUAGUGCCCUGGACAAGGUCGUUAGCAAGACCCGACCGCAUUUCUUACCGCCAAAACCACGCACAGAAGACCGCAAGCAUUUAGCAGAUUGGGAGAAGAUGAUGAAACAAAGUCGUGCAGCCGAAGAGAAACGGCGGAAAGCACUCCAGGAACGACGGCUAGCUCGUGAACGUCGAAUCGAAGAGUCAAUAUCAAUAUGGGAACGCGAAAUUGUUCCGGAUUGGCGUGUGGUGAAUAAGGAUCCACAUUUACGACGGAUAUGGUGGCAAGGUAUACCCACCAAGCUACGUGCAACCAUGUGGCAAAACGCUGUUGGAAACGAACUGGCGUUGAGCAAAGACGCCUUCAAGGCAUGUCUCGCGCGAGCGAACAGAGCCCUUGCAGCAGGUACUUUUCCUACAACAGUCCUAGGUCUCAUAGAAGAAGACAUCAAGACGACGCUUCCUUCAUUACACCUCUUCGCACCAGAGACGGGUCCUCUUUAUCAGGACUUGAAGGAUAUGCUAUGUGCUUGGGUUGUUUCUCGCUCGGAUGAGGGACUAGGAUAUGUCACCGGUGUGGCGAAGAUAGCUGCUAUGCUGUUGAUCAACAUGGCACCGGCUCAAGGGUUCCUUGUCAUGAGAAACCUGCUCGAACGGCACUGUAUGAGGUCAUUCUAUGGCGGGAUGUCAUCGAAGAACGAUGUAGAAGCAUACUACAGGAUAUUUGACACCCUUCUCGCUGACGGAAUGCCGAAAAUCUACUUUAAUUUCAAGCAACAUCAAGUCUCACCGUCUGCAUACCUUCCCGACUGGCUGCUUCCGCUAUUUCUAGAUCAUCUUCCUUUCGAAGCUUGCGCUCGAGUAUGGGACGUGCUCAUGCUAGAAGGUGAUUCGUUUCUGUACCGAGCUGCUCUUGCUGUUCUCGCCGUCCUUGAGACUCGAUUAUUUUUCCCCGAUCGAAGAGAGCUAUUGGAGCUUCUAAAAGGUGAGAACAAAGCCGCACUUGAAGUCGCUCGACGAGACGGUCAAUCACUAGACGGGGGCAAGUACGAGAUAUACGGUGUUGAUGAAGAGACAUUAUGGGAGCGCAUCGAUGCGAUGGACGAAUGGUGGAAGGCAAGCACAUGGACGAGACUUAUCCAACGUGAACUUCCAGAUUUGUAGCCUAUACCUUUCCUUAUUGCGUUCGCUGUUCACUUGAGUUACAUUAGUAGUAUUUAUUAUCAUUGGUAUUUUGGAAGCCGUCAUCCACAAGGUCUCAGCAUACGUUUCUCAUGAACCCACAAAAGGUAUCGCUCGGGAUUCGAACGCAUGACGAUACUGCUGGUCUUGUUUAUGUCUUAUCAUGUCUUACGGGGGACGACGCGCGGGUUUGGACUAUGACCAGGCGCUUGCUACCUUCUGCCAAAACUGGAAAGAGUAUAUUCGAGUCUUCGUCUGGCUGUUCGGCUGUUCCUAUGAAAUGCUUUUCGUCCUCUCUUGCUUUUGAUAUUAUUAUUUUUUUAAGAUCUUAAUACAGCAACUUGACGCAG